CCCACCUCUGCAAGCUUCCGAUCUCCGCUCGGCUUUUUACAAACAUGUUUGCUUUUGUCGGCUAUAAGUGAGAUUUUAGCAGCCGUUGGCGAGACUGUGGAUGCGUAUUUGCGCCAUGCUUCCGAACAUUGUCUGCUUUUUUAUUCCUCAAGAAGACGAACGGGAGACCUCCGCCAUCGGUGGAAACUGAAAUGUGUUUUCUGAGCCGCAAUUGUCUGCUGAAGGGAUGCCUUCCGAGAUGGUGUAUAAAGCUAAACCAGGCUGCCUCUAUUCAGCAGAGACUGGAGCAACAGACAGGACUGUGUUUUUGUACCGGACACUUGUGAAAUGAAGGACAAGAAGAAGAAAAAGAAAUAGUAGAUGUUUGUUAUUGAUGGGGAUCACAGCACGUCGGGGUGGGUGCGAACCGAUGUUGAACGGAUGCUUCUGAGUGGAAUUUAAUCCCGAGUGUUUAUUUCUUUUAAAGGGGGUGCUUGGCGGAUCGUGUUGGUUUUGUGUUAAUGUCAGCCUUGGCAGGACGGGCUAUAUAGGCUACUACACCGCUCGUCAAUGAAUUGAUGCGGGAAUACGCGCUACCUCGGCUGCAUAGAUGGCAAACACAAGUGAGUUUGGGGAGAGCAGCCCGUCCUUACAGAGCUAUGCGUCCACGGCCUCUGCGGUCAAGGUGGCCUCCCUGGGUCUGAUCAUGGGCAUCGGCCUGCUGGGCAACGCGUCGCUGUCGCUGCUGCUGCUGAAGGACAGCUCGCUGCACAAGGCUCCUUACUAUUUCCUCCUGGACCUGUGCCUGGCAGACGUGCUGCGCUCGGCCGUCUGCUUCCCCUUCGUGAUGGCAUCGAUCGGCGGCGGCUCCGCCUGGCCGUACAGCGCGCUCAGCUGCAAGAUCGUCGCCUUCGUGUCGGUGCUCUUCUGCUUCCACGUCGCCUUCCUGCUCUUCUGCGUCAGCGUCACCCGGUACAUGGCGAUCGCCCACCACAGGUUCUACUACAAGAGGAUGAACCUGUGUACGUGCGUGGCGGUGAUCUGCAUGGUGUGGACUCUCUCCGUGGCCAUGGCUUUCCCUCCGGUUUUCGACGUGGGCACCUACAAAUUCAUCCGUGAGGAGGAGCAGUGCACGUUCGAGCACCGCUACGUGAAGGCGAACGACACCCUGGGCUUCAUGCUGAUGCUGGCCGUCAUCGUGGGGGUGACCCACGUGGUUUACAUCAAGAUGCUGUGCUUCGUCUACGAUCAUCGCAAGAUGAAGCCGGCUCAGCUGGUCCCUGCCAUCAGCCAGAACUGGACCUUCCACGGCCCCGGUGCCACCGGGCAGGCCGCCGCCAACUGGAUCACAGGCUUCGGCCGCGGACCCACUCCGCCGACGCUGGUGGGCAUCAGGCAAGCUUCGCACCCCGGCAACAGGAGGCUGCUGGUGCUGGACGAGUUUAAGAUGGAGAAACGGAUAGGGAAGAUGUACUACAUGAUCACACUGACCUUCCUCAUUCUGUGGGCUCCUUAUAUAAGCGCCUGCUACCUGAGAAUAUUUGUGCGGGGAGCCCCGGUCCCGCAGCUCUACCUGAGCGCUGCGGUUUGGAUGAGCUUCGCCCAGGCGGGAGCGAACCCCAUCAUCAGCUUCCUGUUCAACAAAGAGCUCCGGGUGCGCCUCAGAGCCUGUUUCCCCUGCUGCCUGGGAACACAGACACCCAUGGAGCCAUACUGUGUCAUCUGAACAGUAUACAGGCCCUAAAAUACUGCCAAAGACACAUUACAUCUUGUUUCAGAAUGUACAGACUGGUCCCUGAAAUGUGUUUGUACAAGCACACAGGCUGGUGUGGAGGGUGAACCCACUGCAGUUCAGUUUACCCACAUUUUUAUUUGUGGCAAAGCUUGUACCUGCUAUUUUAUUCUGAGACAAAAAAAAAGUUGAAUAUGAUGUAAAUUCAUACUAUUUUAUGCUGAUCCGAAUCAGACUAAUUACAGCUAUAUUAAGGGAUAGAAGCAGAAUGUGAUGCUUUUACAAAACAAUCACCUUUGCUACCUUUUUUAUUUAUCCCUCUAUGUGAAUUCCAAAUAUAGAGUAGCCUCUAUGACAGUUAUGGGUCAUGUUAUUUUCUGUUGCUCCACUACAAUGUUGUACAUGAAUGUCACUUUGGCUAUAUGUUUGUAUAUUUUGAAAUUAUAUCCCGUCACACCCUUUUGAGGAUGUUUGCCUUUUUGCAGAACUGAUGACUGAAACACAACAGAACUAUUUUAUCAGCUGAUUAGUCCGUUUCUAGCAUCUGUGACAUUGGGUUCUAGUCGUUUGGAUACCACAAAUGAGAAACAGAUCUCAGUAUAUUUUUUAAUUAGGACAGUGUCGCACGUGUAAAUAAUGUAAAGCCAUUCUCCCUCAUUCGUUCUGCUUUUUUAACCAGACAUGUUGUAUACGUCAUAACCCACUGGGAUUCUUUGUGUCCAAAGGUGUUUUGUUUAAAGGUAUUUUGCAAGUUAUUCUUCUUCAUAGGUCAGCUGUGUUAAGAAAUGGGUUAAUUUGCAUUCCCGUGUGGAUAUACAGUACUGUACAGAUAGCAUUCUUUUUCUACAGAUAUGGAAAUGUUAACAAUUUGGUGCUUU